CAUCCACACAUCCAAACGACCAAAACUAAGUAGUACGGACAAAGAUGUAUGUGGUCAGCACUUGGUGUGACUACCGAAACGAGGACUCACUUCAUGUAAGUUCCUGCAGAGCACCCAAGCGAAGGAUGUCGAGGUGGUAUACGAGCUGAUUUGUUCGCGAGCAAAUCAGUGGAUGGAUCGGAAUAUGAGCUCCAAGUUGGAAGUGUUUAAUCAGGAAUUUGCGUUUUGAUCAGGGAACCCAUGGUUUGGGGUGUUUUUGAUCAGGGGCCGGCUGGAGCCCAUGGUUUUUGGUUUUUGAGCCGUUUUGGGAAAAGGCCUUUCUAGAGCAUGAGCUGGGCAAAUUGAGCAUGAGUUGUGCAGGAAAAAGAAAAAGAAAACCAAGAUGGCCGAAGAUCCAACUGCGGAAAUCGUGGAGGAUCAGGCCGACAUCUUGGCUGCACUCAAUAUGGACACUGCAGAGGCUCGUGAGCAGCGAGAGCUGGUACGGACGGCCUUUGUGGAAGGGAGCCAGACUCAGGACUUCGAGGAUGAGCUGGAAAAGGCUGAGCAGGAGAAGGAGCAAAAAAAGGAAAAACACAACGGAGAGCUCCCUGGUUGGGGGAGCUGGGCGGGCGAAGGUGCACCUCAGCGGAGGCCCAAAGCUAAGGCCAAAGCGAAAGCCGAGGAACCAAGGAAGCCAAAGCCUAGCCACGUGAGCAUCUACGAAGGCAGGGCAGAGGCAUCCAAAUACUUCGUCGACCAGGUGCCGUAUGGCCUCACUCCUGCUCAGUACAACCAGGAGCUGAGGAUGCCAUCCGGCCCUGAAUGGAAUGCGUUGCCAGCACAUCUCCAGCGCAUCAAGCCCAAGUUCUUCAGCAAGGUUGGCACCAUCGUCCCGCCGUUGCAGCUGGUGAAGCACCUGCCAAAGGAAUCACAAGCAGGUGUGAUUGACUCCUGGGCUGCGCGCAAGCAGCCCGCUCGCUUGAAAGCGCGGAUUUGAGCCUUUCAGCAGCCGGCUCAGCGCAGCCUGCCUCAGUGUCACCGUCG